AUGCCGGUGCCAGCAUCGUCCAUGUCCUUCCGUGAGCCAUGCGCAUCGCCAUGGGCAUCGCCGGCAUGCUCAACCCACGUACAGGAGGCCGACAUCCCGGGUGCGAGGAGCGCGGUGCCAGAAAGUUCGUGGACACGGUCGUUUCCACACCUCGGGAGCCAUAGGACUCCGCAUGAAGGCCCAGGCCCCUUGCUCUUGGGGCCUCCACCUGGUUUGGAGCAGGUCUUGGCUUCCAUCAACAGCCCACAUUGUCCGGCCACGCGCUCCGAAGAGCAGCCUCCUGUGCCGAUGCCCCAGGUGGGGUUCAACAAGGGAAGCUUCGGGCAUCCGCAAUUGUGUGGCCGGCCUUGCAUUCAACUCGCCAAGGGCGGCAAGUGCCCAUCCGGUAUGUCGUGCACCUACUGCCACUUCCUUCCGCACGCUGCGGUGGCCAAGCCAGGCUUCCUGGCACAUCAAGCCCUCCUCGCCGCCACGGAUCAGGAGCUCCUUGCGACCUUCCUCCCCUUCAUCCGCAAGAAGGCUACCAAGGAAGGACUCCUCCCCCUCGUCACGGAUCUCAUCAACCUCCUCGAAGCCGAAGUCAAGGAGCCACGCCCCGAAAGCAUCCCUCUAGGGAGCUUUCGGCCGAUGCGGAUGACCUUCAUGCAUCUAGUGGAGCGCAGCAUGCGACGCCUUCCAUUGUACAUCAAGGAAGAGGUGCAGCGUCUCAAGGCGACGAUGCCGCCGCCGACCCUCACGCUGGGGUCGAGGGGCGUGUCUCUCGUGCUCUAG